UAUGAUCACCAUGCAUCACUGCGAGUAACAGAGAGAAGCAUUGAUCAUAAUAUUGGUUCAGACAUAGCACUUGGACUCGACACUGAAGACAAUGUCCCCGAGCACAUUGCUUCAAAUGAUAUCAUUAAAUCAGAUAGAAAACAGAAAAGGCGAGAUCAAUAUAUAGCACGGCGAAAUAGAUUAACACUUGAACAGAAGGAGGAAAUCAAUGCACGUCGCAGAGAAGCUAGGAAAAAAAACAGAGGAGGAGAGGACUGCCCGUCAAAGAGAAGCCAGGCAACGAAUGACACCAGAGGAGAAGCAACAGAGUAACACCCUUAGAAGGGCGGCGUACCAAAAUAUGUCAGUCCAUGACAAGCAAGAGACAAACGCCCGCCGAAGAACACGUCUGCAAAACAUAUCACCUAAGGAGAAGCAGAACAUGCUAGCUCACCGCAAGAAGAGACUCGCGGCUAGGUGCAACACCCCUUGCGCUGAAUCCAUCGCCAUGCCGCGCCCUGAUGCAGAUACCUUAGCUACACCCAACCUGAUGUCGAGCACUCAUGCAUUGGCAUUCAGAGAAUCUGAAGCUUCAGCUCCUGCCCCUGCCCCCCGGUUUGCGAGUAAGGCUGGGAACAACUUCGAAUCAGACGGCGAGUACCUUAGUCGUACCCUGGAUGAUAAUGAUGCCCCCAGCGAACUCAUAAAUCCCUCGCAGCAAACCAAUGAACACCAAAUAGACGACCAGCAGAAUCAAGCCCGUGAGAAGAGGCAGGAGAGCAGAGCACAGCAUAGGGCUCGGGAGCGAGCUCAGAAACAAAGUAUUGGAGCAAAGAACAUUCAAGGGAGUGCCUUAAAACGAAGAGUGCGCGGGAAAAGCAUACCAGAAGGUGAGAAGUCAGCGUUGCUAGAUCGUCGUAAUGCAAGCUUUCAAAAAAAGCGGAGGCCUCCAGGCCCAGAUGCAACUACUACACAAACAUGA